AUGAUCAACUCAACGUCCUUCAAAAAUGUACAUCCAUUAAACAGAAUAAUUGGCUUAUCUGUGAUUUUAUCCGUCGGUUUCCUUCUAGUGAUUUUAGCAGGGAUUUUGGGCAGCUGGUAUCCCAUAAUUAUUGGUAUCAUCUUUGCUGUGGCGCAUUUACCGGUUGUAAUUACACGGAGUAUUUCGGAUUCCUCAGAUUACGAUUUCAACUUUGACCCUUCGAAUUCAUCCAAUGCCAACUUGAUUGUAGAAUUUGGACAAUUCACUACGGCGUUUUUAUUGGUUACCGGUUUUUAUUUGCCGAUAGUACUACAUCACUCAUUGAUUUUGACCAAAACAGCUGUAGUGUUGACUAUUGCUGGGGGAGUAUUGAUAUAUGGCACUGUUUAUACAUUUAGUCACUAUUUUGACGAGCCAGAGGAGGAAGACGCAUUAGCUGAUCUAGGCGGAGGAAUUAUUUAA